AUGAGUUCUGACCAGGAGGAGUAUGACAUGGUCUGUCAGAAAGCUGUGACCCUAAUUGUUGACCUCUGCCUGCACAACAGCACCCUGUUGGAUCAGGAGACCUGUCAGGAUUUCCUCUUCGUCUUGACCAGCCAGGGUUUUGAUCACAAAGACGCAGACGCUACUUUUGGCCUUGUGCUCGCUGUGUUUCUUGUUUGCGGCCUCGCUUUGCUGGGCCUUCUUACAUUAGUCUCCUGGAAGCUCUGCUGGGUGCCUUGGAGGAGCAAGCCCCAGUUCCCAAGCCCGUCUCUCAGCCCGGCCUGUGGCCCGCAGCACUGCCCGCUCCAGCCAUCCCUCCCUCUGCCCAGUCCCCAGCAGCAAGCGAUCACCAUGGCGACAGAGAAGGUGAAAGACCCCGUGGGUUCGAUGGGCUUCCUGGAGGCGGCCGUGAAGAUAAGCCAUACUUCCCCCGACAUACCCGCCGAUGUGCAGCUCUCCAUGAGGGAGCACUUCCUGCGCCGCACACAGCGCAUGCAGAGGCAGACCACUGAGCCGGCCUCCUCCACACGGCACAACUCGUUCAAAAGACACCUCCCCAGGCAGAUGCAGGUGUGCAGCUUAGAUCUGGGAAACGACUACGUGGUAGACAGGGAAGAAAAGCCAACCAGUCUGGGUCGCAUCCAGCCAGAGCUCUACCAGCAGAAGGCCUCUGAGUCAGAGGAAUCGUCCAAGAAUGGCGGCGAAAAAAACUGUGGCAGGAUUAACUUCUCGCUCAAGUAUGACUACGAAAAUGAGGCGUUGCUUGUCAAUAUUCUCAGGGCCGUUGACCUUCCUGCCAAGGACUUGUGUGGCACCUCUGACCCUUAUGUAAAGGUCUACCUGCUGCCUGACCGCAAGAAGUUCCAGACGCGCGUCCACCGGAAGACGCUCAAUCCCACGUUCAGCGAAAGCUUCCAGUUUCCUGUGCCUUACGACGAGCUGCCCGUCAGGAAGCUACACAUGAGCGUCUUUGACUUUGACAGAUUUUCCCGCCAUGAUAUGAUCGGGGAAGUGGUGCUGGAGAAUUUGUUUGAGAUGUCGGACCUGUCGAGGGAGACAAACAUAUGGAGGGACAUCCAGUACGCUACAAGUGAAAGUGUUGACCUUGGGGAGAUCAUGUUCUCACUCUGCUACCUGCCCACAGCUGGCAGACUCACACUAACCGUCAUCAAGUGCAGGAACCUCAAGGCUAUGGACAUCACCGGGUACUCUGAUCCCUAUGUCAAAGUAUCGCUCAUUUGUGACGGCAGACGUUUGAAAAAGAAGAAGACGAGCAUUAAAAAGAACACCCUGAAUCCCACAUACAACGAGGCCAUCGUCUUCGACAUCCCUCCGGACAGCAUGGACCACGUCAGCCUGCACAUCUCUGUGAUGGAUUAUGAUUUGGUGGGUCAUAAUGAGAUCAUUGGUGUGAUGAGGCUUGGAAGCCAUGCUGAGGGACUUGGCAGGGACCACUGGAAUGAAAUGCUGGCUUAUCCACGGAAGCCUAUUGCACACUGGCAUCCCCUCCUGGAGUCCAAGAAAUCUGAGAAGGAGUGGAAGGCGAGAACUGCCAGCUUUGACAGCCAGGGCUCCUGCCCCUCACCGAGGCCCCCUGCUAGUCCCUGAGAUGAGCUACCUGUGAUCCAACGGCCCAGAAGGGGUUUCUUCCCUCCUCUUGAUCCACUUCCUGUCUGUAUGGUUGAGGAAAAACACAAUCCCACUGUCUCUCCCUUCUCCCUCUCUCUCUACCUCUCACUCCCAAAUCCUUCACUUCCUCAAAUCUAGUCCCAGAGCACUCCCAAGUACUGAACUAGGACUUUCUGUCUGUAAGCUAAGAGAAGCUCAGACUUUUCUCAAUGUGGCUGGUGUGAUGGCCUGAAGCUAGCAUUUUUUUCUAGGAUACUGGCUGGAAAUCCUGUCUGCAGACAUUGAUUGUUGAUUUGUCCAAGCUUAGGUAAAUCGAGCUGGUUGGCAUCACAAAGGACCUGGAAAAGCAGAGGUUUUAACUAUGAGCCAUGGAGUCUCUUUGAUGGAAAAAGCCCUGUUGGAUAUCACUCCAUGAAAGCAGCAGAUGUUUCACAAAGGGAAGCUGAGCACAUGCAUUGCCAAGGAAGGGAAAAAAGAGAUGAUUUUAAAAACAAGCUGUUUUAGAAGUCUAUGGCUCACUCACAUUUAUUUUUGCAGUCCUGAAUUAACAUAUAGUAUUUCUUUUUUAAAUUAUUUAUAUAUAUAAUUAGCUUUAAAAUGUAUUUAGCUUAAAAUACUAUAUUUCAUUAUAGCUUAAGAUGUUUGUUUUAUUUAUGAGAGGAAGGGUCAGGCUGAAACCUCAAGUAUCUCUUCGGUGUAGCUUUCAAAAUCUGAAAAGAAAAACAAAACAAGGCAACAGGAAUUCAGAGUUGAGCAACCUGGUUUCCACUGCAGUUCAAAAGUUCAGGGAACUUACAAACUUUACAUUGUCACGAAGGCACAGGAGUCUGACACUGUUAAAAAUAACAAAUAUUAAAACGCUUUGUGUAAAAACAAGUGAAGCUGUUAAUGAAGAGAGGUGCAAAGAUCUCCGUCAACAGGGACUUUUCAAGCACACUUUUAACACCGGAACCUUUUAUCACCUUGGUGUUCAGUUUCUUCCAAAAUAAAACAGAAAUGCUUGAUUUUCUUCCAAAAUACACUAUAAAAAAAAGCACUUUUAUCUCCUUGUUAGGUUUAUUUUUGUUACUUAUUUUGGUGGAUGUAAAUAUUUUUAUGUACAGGUGCUCUGCUGUUUGUUUUCCAUUCCUAAAUUAAAGAAUAUAAAAUAAGAACAUAAGUAGAAUUUAAAAAAAAGGAUAUUUUGAAUUUUUGUGGUAUUUUUUGUGGUUUGUGAUCAUGAUUAAAAGAAACAAAAGAAAAAAACAAAGUGAAAAUGUUCCCCCGUUUUUCUUUUUCACAUGCCACAUUUUUCUGUUUAUUUUUUCGCUAAAUAAUCAGUUAGGUCCAUGUAGGGGAAUUACCAGUAAAUUAUCAUCCCACAAAGGUAAAUCGAAAAGGCUGUAGUAUGUUUUACGGAACAAAAUGCAGUUAUACCAAACCAAGUAGAGUGGAACUUUUCCACACAGCAAAAUUAAAACCUUUUUUUAUGCUAGCUAGCAAUGUUAGCUAAUGAGAUUAGCAACAUUAGCUCUUGUCGUUUGGUGUUUUGAUAAGAGCUCUAGAUUGUGUUGAAAUUGAGAACUUUUUUUAACUAUAAUGGGCAAGCAAGUAUGUUUUUGUUUAACCAUUUCACAUUGGUGUUUCUAUCUUCCUUGCUCAACAUUAAAAAUUUCUGUAAAAGUUUCUAUUUCUGUUAGUGUUUAGUGCUUACGGUAGCCUGCAAAAUCUGUUAUGUGAUGUAGGUCUCUUCCCAGUUUGAGUCACGUUUAAGGUUUCACUAUCAAAUAGAAGUUGCACAUAUUCCAGUUGCCUGAUUAGAAAAUAAUCCUAAAUGUUCACAACAUGAAAACAAUAUGGCUGACCUUUCCAGCACAAACAAUUACUGUUCAGGGUCUUUAAAAUUUACAUUUCCUAAACAGUGAAAAAUAUUUCAAUAAUACUGACUGACUGAGCAGAUAGCCCAACUACCAGUUUUUAUCCUAAGUAGAGAGAAUAGAAAAUAAUAUUCUUUGAAAUUAGCUAUUUUAUGUGAAAAUUACCAAAGUGUUUAUUCCAUGUUAUUUUUCUCAAUUGUAAGUAUCAAAAAAAUUCAUCAAUGGGCCAAAGGUAUAGGAGAAAGAUCAUACUUUUGUGUUUUUAAUAAAAGCAACUAUACACAUUUUUACUUAUUUUUAUUAUUAACACAUUUCUAAUUUAAUUGACAGAUUGUUUUGGUCUGUCUUUCCAUUUAGAAGACAUAUGCAUUUGUUUUAAAUACUUAUAUAAAAUUUUAUGUAUUGAAAGUAUUGCUUUUAAAUUUUAAAUAAAUAAAAAAAUACAGGUAUGACAACAUUAUAUCCCAAAAUAACUACUACAACUUUUAGAUUUGCAACUUUUAGAGAUGAACAGCAAAACAUAUUGUUUAUUCAUAUCUCUACAAAAAAAUGAAAGUUUUCAAAAUCUAUUCAGAAUAGAAAGAGCAGCAUAAAGUGUGGUUGUAGCUCACCUUCAUGUAGGUAACUCACAUCGGGCAGCGACUCAUAUCGGAUAAUGACAGAGUCUUCGCUUUCAUUUUUAGAUUCUGCAAACAGCCAUCUGCUGCAGCGUCUGCUAACUGUGUAAUCUGAUUUAUUGUUAUGCUACGGAGUCUUUUGUUAGCAAGCAGACAUAAAAGGCAGUGAAUUCUAAAAACUUUACAGCUGUAAGAUAAAAGCACAUUUAUCUUGUAUUUGUAUCAGUUUAUGAUUGUUUUAUGUUGUAAUACAGAAAUUAUUAUAUUGUAAAUGAUCAUGACAUUGUGAGAUUUUCUAUUCUGUGUUCUCCGACAUCGUUUUAAAAAAAGAUCAUAAACAGGUUUGUUUUUACCAAAACAUGUUAUUCAGGUCCAAUUUCCUGUUGCGUCUCGUUUCAGUUUGUGUUUCAGUUUGAGCCUCCAGAUGCAGUAAUUGAUGUCAAGCUCCUUAUUAACACAUCUAGAAAACAAAAUGAGGCGCUGCAAUCUGGAGAUGAUACCUGGCAGGACAGCUGCUUAACAACAAUCACAGAUUACAGCUUGGUACAGUUUGUACAGAUGCAUUUUACUUUGUGCCACAGAGUAUGUCAUGGGAAAAUCGGAGGCAGACAUGAGGACACAAGCAGAUGGAUUCAGCAGACCCAGAAAGGUCUGUUUUAGACAUUUCCGUAGCGGCUAAAUUUACCCGCAGCAAGUCGUUUGGCACCUUGGUGUUAAACUGAAAGCCUAAGAUGACAGAGCGGGGGAAGCUGUCGGGCGGACAGGUCAGCAUCAACAUAACGGUGGCAUUUCUCUAAUUGGCACUUGUUAGAGCAAGAAUGAGUCAGUGCAUUGUUUUUGACGUAUUCUACCAUAGCAUCAACACGCUGCUGUAAUUCAGUUAUUUGAAUGUUGAAGUUCUUCUUUAGACUAAUGGCAUUAUUAGAUUUCUACUAUCUAAACAAGUUGAGUGAAUUAUUGUGUUGUUUCUGCUCCUUUUUUAAAACAAAAGCAAUGUAUUUUAUGAUGGUCAUAUUUCUCUGACAAUGUGGUGUGUUUUCAUCGUCGGUGGAACCUGUUGGGUCUAUUGCCUCAGUUUAUGGACUGUUUUAAGACCUUCUAGCUUUGCCUAAUAUUGUACUGUUUGUUGAUAUGAUCUUGUAAUCCUUUCCAAAUGUUAAAAUAGCUCUGAGGUUAAAAUUUUUUAUUAAACAUUUUGUAUUUGUAAUAAUAGAGAUGUUGAUUAAGACAAAUGGGUUCUAGAUAAACUCAGUGAUCCAGUGUGUAAUAAAGUCAAACUGAAAUACA